GGCGGCGGCGGAGAAGCCCGGGUGGGUGUGGAGCGAGCGCCUGCGCCCGGGAAACCCUGUCUGGGGGCCAUGGGGGGAGAGGUGAGGCUGCCGCCCGGAGAGCCCUGCCGAGAAGGCUACGUGCUGUCUUUGGUCUGCCCAAACUCCUCCCAGGCGUGGUGUGAGAUCACAAAUGUGUCACAGCUGCUGGCUUCUCCUGUCCUCUACAGGGACCUGAAUUCCAGCCUAACCAACUUGAGCACUUCUGCAAAUGUAGAAAACAAAUACAGUCUUUAUGUGGGCCUGGGCCUGGCUGUAAGUUCCAGUAUUUUUAUUGGCUCCAGCUUCAUAUUGAAAAAGAAAGGCCUCUUGCAACUGGCCAACAAGGGCGUUACUAGAGCUGGUCAAGGUGGACAUUCCUACCUCAAGGAAUGGCUCUGGUGGGCAGGAUUACUCUCAAUGGGAGCAGGAGAGGCUGCAAACUUUGCAGCUUACGCUUUUGCACCUGCCACGCUGGUCACGCCACUGGGUGCGCUGAGUGUUCUCAUCAGUGCGAUAUUAUCUUCCUAUUUUUUAAAUGAGCACUUGAACAUUCAUGGGAAAAUAGGCUGCAUAUUAAGUAUAUUGGGGUCAACUGGGAAAUAUUUGUUUAGGGAACAACUUAUCUUUUGAUCUGUGGAUGAGAUAAUUGUCAAAAGUCAUUUUCUGAAGUCUAAUUCUUUUCUCUUCCCAACAGGAUUCAUCUUCUUUGCUGUGAUCAUUACCAUGAUCGCCUUGGUGCUGAUUUUGAUCGUGGCUCCCAAGAAAGGACAGACCAACAUAUUAGUCUACAUUUCAAUCUGCUCGUUGAUUGGAGCAUUUUCAGUUUCUUCUGUGAAGGGCCUGGGAAUUGCCAUUAAAGAACUAUUGGAAUGGAAGCCAGUUUACAAGAACCCCCUGGUCUUUGUUUUGCUGGCUGUACUUGUGCUUUCAGUGACGACACAGAUUAACUAUCUCAACAAGGCCCUAGACACCUUUAAUACAUCUCUUGUGACUCCCAUUUACUAUGUGUUCUUUACAACCAUGGUAGUGACGUGCUCCGCCAUCUUGUUCCAAGAAUGGUAUGGCAUGAGAGCUGGUGAUAUCAUUGGGACUCUGAGUGGGUUCUUCACCAUUAUCAAUGGCAUCUUCCUUCUACAUGCUUUUAAAAACACAGACAUCACCUGGAGUGACUUGACAUCCACCACUCAGAAAGAAGCCCUCUCUCUGAAUGGCAAUGAAGACAAGUAUGUCUUACUAGAGAAUAUAGAAUGUUCAACCUCGGGAUAUGAGGAUGACAUUACCUUGUUUAGCAGGACUCAUGAAUGAUCAAAGUCUCUACAAACACUGAACUUGAACCAUGAAGAGACACUUGGAGAGGAGAAGGAAUACCUGCAGAACUAUUAGGGAAGUUGACAUUUUUAAGGUCCUAAUAAUUUAGAUGUAAGGCCAAAUAAAAAUGCCUUCAUUUAUGGCCAUCAUCUUUGAAAAAUCAAGAUUUUGAUCAUCCUCCAGAAGACUUCUGUUGUUUCUCAUUUCUGCAAACUUGAAAUCUCUUUCCUUCUGGUCACAGUAUAUUUGGCCUGGCCAGGUGGUUCUUCAUUUCAUUGGCUGCUAGUCUUGGUUUCAUAGUAAUUAAUAGAUAAACUUAACUGUGUGCUAAUAAGCAGAGUAUCAGUCAUUCUCUGAUGAGUCAUAGGUUCAAAUUAUUGAAACUGAGAAGUGAGAUCACGAUGCUUUCCCUCCCCUUCCAACUUCAUUUAAGCUAAACUAGAUGGUAGCUGAAGGGUAGAGUGUUAAAGAGAAGAAUAGGCUGGCUCUGGAAAUCUGCUCCUGGUGUGUUAGAAUGCAAAGAAAUAUGUGUCCAUGAAGAGCUUAUGGAUUGUAAUUGUAAUUUAUUGACAUAUCGUAGAAGUUUAUUACCAAGUAAAAAGGGGAGAAUGGAGGAGGGAAAUAUUUUAUACCUUAAGUAAAGGAAACACUUUUUCUUUUUACUAAAAGAAACACAAAUGAUUGUGUUCAUGAGUUCUUUUAACUCAGACCUGAGCAGCAUAAGACAAAAUUGAGUUUUUGGAGACAUCUAGGUGAGUUUAGUUUGGAAAUCCUUGUAUUCAUAAAAUUCCUUGAUUUUACUAUUAUCCCAAAGGUUCUUGUUCUUACUGAUAUGAAGAUUUUUGUAAAGCAGUUGCUACAUUAUUUUAGGAUGAUAUUGUACACUUCAGUUUUUCUCAAAUGUUUAAUUCCCAAAGGUUGGUUUUUCCACAAACUAUUUGGAAACAACUAGAAGAACCUUUGUGAAAAACCUGAAUGAGUUAUAAUAAUCAUCCUCUUGAAAUUUAGCACUUUCCAGCUUAUUAAGGAAAUUAUAAUUAGUUACAAACCUUUUUGAAAAUAUACAUAACCUACCACAAUAAUUGGUAGAUUGUCUCUUUCUGUUGACUCUCACGCUUACCAUGUUUUCCGUAUAUUUUACCUAUACGUGUUUUGGAAGAAUAAGAAGGAGAGUUAGCUUCCUAGAAAACAAAAUAUUAAGACCUCAGGAACUACUACCAGAAAAAAAAUUUUUGUAUUGAAACUUACAUAAAGUGUUCCUGUCUCCAAGUGCAUAGCAGGAAUAACACUUUUAGUGGCCUUUAAUGUUUAUGGACAGAUUUCUGAUCACUCAUUGAUUUAAUAGAAAAGGAGAAAUUAGCUGAAUUUCUAAACUUACUUCUCUCAAAACAAAACAAAAAUCCUAACCCCCCAAAACUGUGACAUUCAAAAAAGAAAAACCCUCCUGGUUAACUGGAUUUAUCUGUUCUAACAUAAAGGUCUGUUAUGAUGUUUGUCUGCAAUCUAGCUCAUGUCUACCCUGGGUAAUAAUAGACAAUUCUGUUAUUCAGAAUUCUGUUAAACUGGCGUUAGCACUUCAUCAGUUCUACUGAACUAUCACUGAUUUCACAGUGACAACCUGAGGUGACUGCCAAGUCCCAAAAUACUGUUAUCAUCUCUUCAGCAAUUUAGUGUUGAAUGCAAUUCAGUGUGUUCUAAAUUUCUGAAAACUGAUAACCCAUGGAAGAUACAUGGGUUGAUACCUCAGAUCAAAUAUGUAUUUACUCUGUUGACUGCUGUUUCACUGUAAUUGUAUAUCAGAUAUAUAAGCUAUGAACACAAAUUUGUAGGAAAAGAUAGUGUUUGAAACAUCCUUUUACUUUUUUUUUUCCUACUGAAAACUUUAUUGGUCCAUCCUUCUUGGUGAGGAAAUUCACUGAGGCUGUGAAUUUCAGUGUCAGAUGUUUCUUAAAUGUCACCUGUUACAAAGCUUUGCCCUUGGUGUAUUGUGUUCAGGUUGAGGGUUCUUGAAACACAAGAACCAUGUGUACCCUGGGUUGGAAAAUAAACUGGUGUUGACAUAUAUGCCCGGGAGAAAGACUGAGAAAAAUUUGACGAGUUGAAAUAUAUUGAGAAACAAUGAAAUAUUUCACAUACUCUAAAAAUCCCUGGUGGGCUUCUUCAAUAUGCAUUGAAAAACUAAAAUGUUAUUGCAAACCUUAAACUCAGAAUAAAUUUCUCCAAAUAGGGAUAUAUUGUCUGAGGAGGAAUAAAAAGCUGGAUCCCCAUUUUCAGACUAACCAUGUUAGUCUUAACUGGAAGUUUCACAUAUGUAUAUAUUUAAAAUAUACACUUUCUUUAUCUCAUAUCGAUGAUAUCUGAAGGUUUAUUAUGUGAAUAUCUGCACUUGUGUUGUUAAGGAUUACAAAGUUGUCCUCACACAGCCAAAUAGAAAGCUUUUCCUAAUUCUGUAAACAUAAUGCUUUCAUUUUAUUUUUGGUCUUGUAAAUUGUAUUCUUAGGUUAAUGGUUAAUGAUUUUAUUUUUAGUUCAGAUUGCAAAAUAUUCAUAAAACCGUUUAGCUUUAGCAACAUAAAAUUAACACCUUUAUUUUAUUUUAAGGGUACUAAAUUAAAUACAUGGAAAGCAUCCUACAUCAUGUCUGAUAGAUGAGGCAAUUAAUAAAAUUUAGUUCUCUUUGAAUCAA